AUGGGAAUGGGAGUUGAUAUAUAUGUGGUUGUAGAGCUUAGGACAUUUAGAGUUGAGGAUCACAUCCGAGUUCAACUAGAAAGGGAGAAUGAGGAGCUUAGGGGGGAGGCUGAUGCAAGUAGGAUGAGUUUGAAGUUGCUAGAGAGGCAGAUUAGUGAGAUCACUUCACCAGUAGAUUCCCUGGAGUCCACUGUGAAUGCUUCAAUAGAGACAAAGGUGCAGGCCGAGCUCCAAUCUUGGUUUGCCGCCUUCCUCCAACAGAUGGAAGAGUCUAGCCAAAUUCCAAACAUUCUUCAUUCCGACAGGUAA